UCUUAUAUAUUCUUAUAUAUAUUCAUAUAUCACUCAUCCGGGGAGAGAUCUCGUCUGUUGCUUUCUGUAAAGGAUCGGAUCGUCGUUCAAAAUCCCCCUCAAUUCUCCUCUCGAUCCUUUCGUUCCCCCCGGGUCCUGUUCAAUCAUGUCUUCCUCAUUUGAUCCGACCAACGUUGAUCUGGACACUGCGGACCCCGCCCAAGUCGUCUGCUAUCUGAAUCAAGGUGGAAAUGACUACAAUGGACACCUCGGGGCGCGUAUAUCCUCCAUCUUCGUCAUCCUCUUCGUUUCCACCUUCGUGACCGUCUUUCCCGUCGCUGCCAAACGGGUCCCCUCUCUGAAGAUUCCUCUCUAUGUCUACCUGUUCGCACGCUAUUUCGGUACCGGCGUGAUCAUCGCCACGGCCUUUGUCCAUCUGCUGGAUCCGGCCUACGAGGAGAUCGGUCCGGCCAGCUGUGUCGGCAUGACGGGCAACUGGGCCGUCUAUUCAUGGCCCCCAGCCCUCGUUCUCGCCUCGAUAACCGUCAUCUUCCUCAUGGACUUUGGCGCCGAAUUGUACGUCGAGUCCAAAUAUGGCAUUCAGAAAGAAGCCCCCGUGAACAUCGUCACCGGCCAUGUCCACCACCAGGAAGGAUCCCAAUCCUACCCACAGGACCACGAGCACCAACAGAAUCCCGACAAGGCCACCGUCGCCUACAACAACUCCGAGGCCGACUCGCUCAGUGCCGAGAUCUCGAUGAAACAGCAGUUCGCCGCCUUCCUGAUCCUCGAAUUCGGCGUCAUCUUCCAUUCCGUCAUCAUCGGCCUGAACCUGGGCGUGGCCGGCGACGAGUUCGCGACGCUCUACCCCGUCCUGGUCUUCCACCAGUCAUUCGAGGGCCUGGGUAUUGGCGCGAGACUCUCUGCCAUCGAAUUCAAGCGCAGUCUCCGCUGGGUCCCUUGGGUGCUUUGCAUCGCUUACGGCCUGACGACGCCGAUUGCCAUCGCCAUCGGUCUCGGAGUGCGGACGACCUACAACCCCAAUUCCAACACCGCCAACAUCGUGUCGGGUGUAUUGGACUCGAUCUCAGCUGGUAUCCUCAUCUAUACCGGCCUGGUGGAGCUGCUGGCUCGCGAUUUCCUCUUCGACCCGUGCCGGACAAACAGCCGUAGGCAGCUCGGCUUCAUGAUCCUGUCGACGCUGCUGGGUGCUGGUAUCAUGGCUCUGUUGGGCAAGUGGGCGUGAGAAAGACAGAACAUGCCUUGAAUCUUUCAUCCAUUGCACAGAAACGAACUUGACCGGUCAUUUUCUGGAUGUAGAAAACCAUCUCUCUUACCUGAUUUUGAACAGACCAUACCAUACCCCUACCCAGUUUCAUUCACAUUACUCUAUUCAAUUCUGCAUCUUGACCUCCAAUUAUCACCUUUCUCAUCUCCCUUCCACUCAAACAUACCAAAAUCUUUCCCCAUCUCGGUUUAUGCAUGUAUGUAUGUAUGGAAGACAAAAGCAUAUUUCCAGAACAUAAUGGACUGUCCUUCUUCUUCUUCUUCUUCUAGUAUUGAAUACAAGAUAGAUUUGAAGAAACAAUCAGAUUCACUACUCUCUCUUCUCUUCCCGAAAACGUAAUAAUUAGAAUCUCCCCGUGAGUCAAAAUGAAGUAGAUAUAUUGAAUUUGACGUCGUG